AAGAAGAAGCCGCUGCUAGCUAGGAAGCGAGACACCCCACUUGCUGUUUUGGUUUGUUUUGGAUUUGUUUCAAUGGGGGUCAUUGACCUUUGUAGGCCAGCCACCCCUGCUAUUGCAUUGGUGUCUAUGGGAGACACACCCAGUUAAGUUGACCGGAACUGAACAUUUGUUUUCAAUGGUAAACGGCCUGAGUGAUCUUAAUUUAUCCACCAUCUUUGGUGGGGAGACGUCAACAAGGAUCCUAGUACUUCUCAUGUAGAAAAUGGCAAAAUGGUCUAUCGCAGGAUAAAUUUCAGAGCAUCUUGGAACAAAUACCUGGAUUUCUAGUAUUGUAUUUUCACAUAGGAAAGUUGGGGUUCUAUGAGGAGGGAUGCCUGUCGAAAGUGGAAGCAGUGCAGCCUCCCGCCAGGCCAAGCAAAAGCGCAAGUCCCACAGCCUGUCCAUCCGUCGGACCAACAGCACCGAGCAGGAGCGCACAGGUUUACAGAGGGAGAUGUUGGAGGGACAGGAUUCCAAACUACCAUUGUCUUUGAGGAGCAAUCUUUUGGACCUCUUUGGCCAGAUCGAGAGGGAGUUUGAAAACCUCUACAUUGAAAACAUUGAGUUGCGUAGAGAGAUUGAAACCCUGAACGAUCGUUUGACAGCUGAAGGACAAACCAUCGACGGGGGAGACUUGACUAAGGGGGCACUUAAAGCAAAAGCAAGUCAUAGCACAAGUCAACUUUCACAAAAACUGAAGACCACUUAUAAGGCAUCUACAAGCAAGAUCGUAUCCAGUUUUAAAGCCACCACAUCCAGAGCCGUGUGCCAGCUGGUCAAGGAGUAUGUAGGCCACAGGGAUGGCAUAUGGGACCUGAGUGUCACCAGGACACAGCCCAUGGUGCUGGGCACAGCGUCAGCAGAUCACAGUGCCAUGCUAUGGAGCAUAGAGGCCGGAAAGUGCCUCCUGAAGUAUGUAGGUCAUGCAGGAUCAGUUAACUCUAUCAAGUUCCAUCCCACGGAACAGAUGGCUCUUACUGCAUCUGGUGACCAGACAGCCCAUAUCUGGAGAUACAUGGUGCAGCUGCCAACCCCACAGCCUAUAGCCGACAUCAGUCAGACGCCCUGUGACGACGACAUAGACUUCUCAGAUAAGGACGAGGCUGACUGGGACGGUGACGGCCCUAACGAGUGUCCCUCCAUCCGCGUGGCUUCCACUACCCUCAGGAGCCACCAGGGGGUCGUCAUUGCUGCAGACUGGCUGGUGGGGGGCAAGCAGGUGGUCACAGCCUCUUGGGACCGGGCUGCCAACCUGUACGACGUGGAGACCUCCGAGCUCGUCCACUCACUGACUGGCCACGACCAGGAGCUGACCCACUGCUGCACCCACCCCACCCAGCGUCUGGUGGUCACCUCAUCCAGAGACACCACCUUCCGUCUGUGGGACUUCAGAGACCCCUCCAUCCACUCUGUCAAUGUGUUCCAGGGACACACUGACACGGUGACGUCAGCAGUGUUCACUGUGGGGGACAACGUGGUGUCUGGGAGUGACGACCGCACCGUCAAGGUCUGGGACCUCAAGAACAUGAGGUCACCCAUAGCUACCAUCCGCACAGACUCUGCCGUCAAUAGGAUAAGUGUGUCAGUGAACCAAAGAAUCAUUGCUCUUCCUCAUGACAAUCGUCAAGUCCGGCUGUUUGACAUGUCAGGAGUGCGGCUGGCUCGACUCCCACGCAGCAACAGACAGGGCCACCGGCGCAUGGUGUGCUGCUCAGCCUGGUGUGAGGAUAACUCCUCCUGUAACCUGUUCAGCUGUGGCUUCGACCGGCAGGCCAUCGGGUGGAACAUCAACAUCCCAGCGCUGCUGCAGGAGAAGUGAGCCCAGCCAGGACAGGUCCAGAGUCAGCCCUGAGCCACCCGCCUGGCCCAUCUGCUAAUUGAGCCCAUCUUAAGAGCUGAUCCCUGUUCAGAUCAGUCAGACACCCCGACCCUCAGGCAGGGAGGGGAGAAGAUCGAUCGAGGACCCCCCCGGCCGCUCUCUCUCUGUGUCAAGUCUUCAUGUUCUUCUGACACUCCAAAUGUGGUCACAGUCUGAUCUGCAUGGUCUGAAUAUACAUACCAUACUACAUACAUGUGUGUGGUGGAUUUCAAACUUGCCCAUGUAUGUACAGAAAAUGUGAAGGACUACUCUCUGCUUUGUUGUUGGGCUUGUUUUGAUCAGUUUAUUCAUCAAUUUGCUGCUGAAGAUAAAGAGCACAGUGUCAAACAGGAGGUACGGGGGGGGGGGGGGUUGUUAAAUGUAGGUUGCCUAAUUUUCAGUUCAGAACAAGUCUGACCCACAUAGAUGGUGUAGCCUUUGAUGAGGAUGAUGAGGAUGAUGAUCAGCAUUUCAUGGAGACUUGUGUUCUGAAAUGCCACACAUCUGCUUUCUACCUAUCUAACCUGCUCAGAUGUACAGCUAGCCAAGCUAUAUAUCUGUGUCAUUUUGGCAGAGCCACACUUUGAAAAUGUCUACAGGUCCAUGACAGUCUACUGCUGUUUAACUGAGCUCUGCUUUGUACAAUACAAUGAGGCUACUGUACAGUAUAGUGAGUUUUCAGGUGGCUCUGUCAUGUACCCUUUAAAAACAAUAGCUGUUACAGUUUCUUUUGUUGUUAAACACUUUUUAGCCUAAAUCCCAUUGUAGCUUUUGUACAGAAUUUUAAGAAACCUACUCCUAGACAAUAUGUUGUACCAUUGGAAUAAUGUGUGUAAACACUCCAUGUUUGAGGGUUGAGGUUGAUCGUCUUCACCAUUUCAAUAGGCACGUCAUUUGUGUGUAAUAUUCAUAAAUGAGUCUUAUAAAGUAAACGUUAUGAAAUUGCUGUUAGAGUUUACGAACAAUAGUAACUGGUAAAGUGUAUCUUCAAAUAUUUUAGCAGUGCCAUUAGUCAGUAUUGAAAACCUGUUACAGGGAUAUAUAGACCAGUCAUAUUUGUUACCACGUGGUACUUCCUUGCGUAAGUAAGUGAAAUCUCGUUAAGAGCGUUUUAAUGCAAUAGCUGUAACAUGCUUGUGUGGUCAGAGAUCAUGGCGUUAAUGUCUGCUGCCAAAACAACAAACUGCAUAGAAAACUAAAAGAAGAAGAGGUUGUUGUGAUGUGUUUGGGGGAACAGUGUAAUAUCAUAAAGUACCUGAGUCUGUUUUGUUUUUAGAUGAGAGUCGAUGUUGGGCUCUAAAACAUUUUGAGCGUAAUUGUCUGCAAGAGUCACUUGGCAGGCAGCACAGUUGACUAAAUUCCUGCUCUUCCCCAGACAAGUGAUUAAAAAAGAUCUAUGUGUCUGUAUCUCAUGAGUAAAUGAGACGAGCCAGUUUUAUUGCAGUACUAAAGGCUUCUGUAGAGACUUUUAGGUAUACUUUGUGUUUUGCCAAUUUAUAACAAAAUGAUGAUUGUUAAUAUUGAUACAAUAACAGCCACGUUGAACAGCUUAUAUCCCAUAUUGAAUAGUUAUCGUGCCAUGUCUAAAAAAGGCAUGAAGAAAUUUGUAGAAGAGGCCAACGGUUUUAAGUGGGCAUAACUUUACUUUCACAAUGAAUCUCACAUCUGGUGCGAAUUAAAUGUAAUAUAUUCCGAUAUAUUCAAAGUGGCCCAUUUGGCUUAAUGGUGUAUUACGGCUGCAGAUUUUAUUAGCCUUUUAACGUUAUGAGGUGCUCUUUUAAUUUCUACUAGUUCUUCAUCCUGUGCAGUUAUAUCAGUUGGAUCUCUUAGGUUCCAUUGGCUGAUGUAUUGUUGCUUUAAUCUAUAGGGGUUUGUAUCUCAAAUACUGAUUUAGUUGUCAUUCUCACGUAUCAAUUACAUCCGGGAUGUCUUAGAGGGCUACGGCUAGCCUGGUCCCAGAUCUGUUUGAGCUCUUGCCAACUCAAUUGGUCAUAUUAAUUAUCAAGCCAAACAUUACAAUGUGCGAAAUUCCAUUAUGCUGAGCUGCGGGGUACUGGUCUAUGGCCCAUGACGUGAACGGGCAAAAGCGGUGGGGGAGGAGCAUCCUUCUCAAAUCAAACGGUAAUAUGCGCCACUCGGUCAUGUUGUCAACAUCGUUUUUCCUUAAAAUCUGUCAAACUAGUUUUCAUUGGGAAGGCCGAUUUUAAAGCGUUUUCUAUCAAAAGCAAUCACUUUUGCAUGUGAACACAGAAUCCUACUCAUCACUCCACGUGCUUAAUUACGUCACUUUUGUUUUGAGGAGACUUCACGCGGCACCUGGCUCAAGCCCGGGAGGCAGCUUGGUUCCAAAGCAAUCAACUUUCACUCGGUGCAAAACACGUCUACCAGGGCGCCUGGGCCAGAUUAAUCAAAUCCCCUCAAUGAGUGACAAGGAGUUGGCAUGAUGGCACAAACAGACUGGCACUCAAGCUAGGCUACUGCAGAAUGUGUGCAGUCCUAUGCAUGACUACCACAUGAUGUAGUACUGCAUUGAUUCAGUGAUUAUAGUAGGCUGUUAAAUGGGUUGGUAAAGUAAAAUAACAGGUGCCUCUUGGACCGUAGCUGUCCAGGAUUGUCGUCAUCCCUGAUUUAAGUGAAACAGAUUUGUUUGAAUGGCAAAAAUAUAAAAUGUGUGGUCUUACUGGCCUGUGAAUGUGUAGUUUAAAGUGGUUUUCCAGUAUUUUCUUAUUUGCAGAAAGUCUAUCUACAGAACUGGAUUUGAUUGCACCUGAACUCUAGCCAGGUCCCAGAUCUGUUUGAGUUCUUGCCAACUCCAUUGCUCGUUUGGCAUUUGUUACAAUGAGUGUGCAUGAUAGCACAAACAGACUGGCACUCCAGCUACCAGAACUCCUUAAUCACACAUUCUGAGCCACCAUGCUUAGCUAGUUGACCAUGUUUAUCAUCACCUUAAUAGUUUUAUUAUUAUUUUAUUAUUUACAUUUCAGUCUCAUGGUUUUGUCCCUCAUAAUGUAAAUCUGGUCCUGUGUUUCUGCUUGGUUAUGUCCCAAAUGUCACCCUAUUCCCUUUAUAGUGCACUACUAUUGAAAUGAGCCCUUUGGGCCCUGGUCAGAAAUAGUGCAAUAGGAAGGGAUUGAGGUGCCAUUUGGGACCUAACCCUCAUCAUUACAUCAUACAAACUUAUCAACAGAAAUCAACUGUGUAAAAAUGUGUUUUUUACCUAGCUAAUUAUAUUUUAAGAGGAGCACCACUAGUACACACAUCUCAUAACAUGAAACAGUUUUUGCUGACAGCGGUGUUGUGUGAGUGAGAUAGCUAUGUAUAAGGUACAACAGCUUGUGAAAUAAAAUAAAAUGUUGUGCCAUUUUAUUCCCUCA